AGAACCAGUCCCUGAAGUUCUACAGCAGGAAGGGCAUCCUCAAGUCCGUGCCCCUGGACACCCGGCUUCUGCCCGACCUGGCUAUGGCGCUGUGCCUGAAGCAGGUGUUUGCCAAGGACAAGACGUUCCGGCCCCGGAAGCGCUUCGAGCCAGGUACGCAGCGCUUUGAGCUGUACAAGAAGGCACAGGCGUCGCUUAAGUCGGGCCUGGACCUGCGCAGUGUGGUGAGGCUGCCACCCGGCGAGAACAUCGACGACUGGAUCGCCGUGCACGUGGUGGACUUCUUCAACCGCAUCAACCUCAUCUACGGCACCAUGGCUGAGCGCUGCAGCGAGACCAGCUGCCCGGUCAUGGCCGGCGGGCCCCGCUACGAGUACCGCUGGCAGGACGAGCGCCAGUACCGGCGGCCGGCCAAGCUCUCGGCGCCACGCUACAUGGCGCUGCUCAUGGACUGGAUCGAGGGCCUCAUCAACGACGAGGACGUCUUUCCCACGCGUGUUGGAGUUCCCUUCCCCAAGAACUUCCAGCAGGUCUGCACCAAGAUCCUGACCCGCCUCUUUCGAGUCUUUGUCCAUGUCUACAUCCACCACUUCGACAGCAUCCUCAGCAUGGGGGCAGAGGCGCAUGUCAACACCUGCUACAAGCACUUCUACUACUUCAUCCGCGAGUUCAGCCUGGUGGACCAGAGGGAGCUGGAGCCACUGAGGGAGAUGACAGAGCGGAUCUGUAACUGAGCCCAGGCCUGGACAUUGUUGCCUGUCAGAUGGACCAUCUGAAGACAGGGUGGUGGGGGAGGGGACCCUCAGGAGCCUGGUGGUAGAAGAGUCUGAAGGCCCUGGGAACCCUCCACACACCCAAAGCCUCUGGACUUCUGGUUCUCAGGAGUCUGCUUAUAUGU